GAAGUCAGCCGUCGCCCGCAGUUGGCCGAGAUGCCCUGGUGGGCUCUGUGGGGCCUACUCUCGUUGACUCCGCUCUCCGCCGAGGCGUUCCCGCACACCAACAUUAAAAUCAGUCAAGGGCCAAUUCUGCCUUCCAUGUGCCCCCUGUUCUGGAUGGAGUAUGACAGCUACUGCUAUAGAUUCUUUCCUCUCAAUAAAACCUGGGCCGAAGCUGAUCUUUACUGUGCGGAGUUCUCCAUAGGCAUUAAAUCUGCCAAACUGGCCUCCAUUCACAGCUGGGAAGAAAAUGUCUUUGUGUAUGACCUAGUAAACAGUUGUGUUCCUGGGAUUCCUACAGAUAUCUGGUUGGGACUCCAUGACCGGAGACAGGAAGGCCACUUUGAAUGGACGGAUGGCACAUCCUACGACUAUAAUUACUGGGAUGGGAACCAGCCAGAUGAUGGCAUCCACUCGGUACCAGAGGAGGAAGAUUGCGUGCAGAUCUGGUACCGAUAUAACAGCGCUCUGAGGUCGUGGAAUGAUAACACCUGCAGUCGGGAAUUCCCCUUUGUCUGCAAGAUUCCAUCUUUGGCGAUCAACUGACACCUCCUUCUCUCUGGGAUUCAUCUGGGACCCAAAGCUUAGCAACACCCUAGGAUGUUGCUGCUGCUCUGUAAAUAUAAAACUCUCUUCGUAUUAAGAAAGCCACUCAAUGGUGAAAAUAAUAGCUCUCUCUUUCUCUCUGAGGCCUACUGCUCUACCAAGACAAGUUAUAGUUCUCACUGAUGUCCCUGAUCAACAGUAAUUUCCUGAUAGAAAAAGCCACUAGGCUAUGUGUGGGGGAAGAGGAACGGGCAGAGAAGGAUCCAAGCUAAAAACAACUCUGAGUCUCCAUCUGGAGUUUGUAAAGCGGAGGAAGAGAACUUGUUGACCUUUUAAUCCAAUUAAAGCAGCAGCCGAGAAGGUGUAGAGCUGACAGGAUCUGGGAGAUCCAUCUAGCAAUGGGGAGCUGACCGGAUCAGAUUCUAAGACCCCUGAAUGGAGUUUACCGUGGAAGUUUCUGUACUCUGUGACGUUUCUGGCCUUCAGUGUAUCAGUGUAGAAAGCACAGCUAAACUUUCCUUUAGAGUGAGAAAGUAAAUGGCAUCAACUAGCAACAUAGGAAUACCCUACCCAGCAGGAUAGGGUAGGAACAAUUAUUUAUAUGCAAAAAUUCAAAGGAAGCCCAAUUAGGUAAGCCUUUCCAAAGCAAUCGGGAGGUUUUGUUUGUUUUUUUUA